CUGAUAAAACGUGAGCUCCUAGGAGGGAGGGAGGGAGGAGAGAGGAAGGUGAUCAGGGGGAGCCUCGUCUGUCUCUUGUUGCCAUCUCACCUUCAUCCGUGCAGCCUGUCGAUCCUCCGCCUUUAAGACUCCGCAGCGUUUUUUCACCCCCCAUCUUUUAUUUUAUUUAUUUAUUUUAUUUAUUCUACCAACAUUUCAUCAUUCCCGCGCUUCACUGAGCGCUCCGCAGCUUCUGGCUCACCGUGGAUCCAUCUCCAUCUGCAGCCAUGUCAGACUCCGAGGACAUGACGGAGUUCGCCAGCAUCGUGGAGCGCAUCGAGCGGGGAGAGGUCCCGAUCAAGAACAUCGAGCGGGAGCUGAUCUGCCCCAUCUGCAAGGAGCUCUUCACCCACCCGCUCAUCCUGCCCUGCCAGCACAGCGUCUGCCACAAGUGCGUGAAGGAGCUGCUGAUGCUGAACCACGACGACUCGUUCGACGCCGGCUCCGAGAGCUCGAUGCCGGGCAGCCCCAGGUCCAGGGUGCCCUCCCCCUCCAUGGAGAGGCUGGACAGGCUUGUCAGAUCAGGUCCCCGGAAACGAAGCGGAAAUACUGGCUUACAAACUGAGAUAAAUCCAGCACUCCUCUCUUCCCCUGUCCCCCAAAAACGUUCGAUCUCAUCCCCGGGCUGGCGCCGAGGGUCUGUGACCCCCCGGGUCACUGCCAUCCCGUGCCCGGGCUGCCAGCACGACAUCGACCUUGGCGAACGCGGCAUCAGCAUGUUGUUUCGCAAUUUCACCCUGGAGAGCAUCGUUGAGCGCUAUAGACAGGCCGCCCGUGCGGCUGUAGCGAUCAUGUGCAACAUCUGUAAACCUCCAAACCAGCAGGAGGCGACAAAGAGCUGCAUGGACUGCAAGGCUAGCUACUGCAACGAGUGCUUCAAACUGCACCAUCCCUGGGGCACGCCCAAAGCCCAGCACGAGUAUGUUGGUCCCACCACAAAUUUUAGGCCAAAGGUGCUCAUGUGUCCAGAGCACGAGAUGGAGAAGGUGAACAUGUACUGUGAAGUCUGCAGACGACCGGUGUGCCACUUGUGUAAACUGGGAGGCUCCCACGCCAACCACAAAGUGACGUCGAUGAGCAGCGCUUAUAAGAUCCUCAAGGAGAAGCUAGCCAAGAGUAUCCAUUACCUCAUCAGUAAAGAAGACCAGGUCAGGACUCAGAUUACCGAGCUCGACCGGCUCAUCAAUCAGACCGAGGAAAAUGGCCAGCUCGCUGAGCGUCAAGCCAACGAACACUUUGAACGUCUGUUUGAGACCCUUCAAGAAAGAAAAUCCGAGAUGCUGAGGUCCAUUGAACAGUCCCGUAACAGACGCAUAGACCACCUGAAAGGCCAGGUGGAGGAGUACCGGGGCAUGUUGGAGAACAGCGGUCUGGUUGGCUACGCCCAGGAGGUGCUGAAGGAGACCGAUCAGUCCUGCUUUGUCCAGACUGCAAAGCAGCUACACGUCAGGAUUCAGAAAGCCACAGAAUCACUGAAGACCUUCCACCCCUCAGCUGACCCUUGCUUUGAUGAGUUUGUGCUGGACACGUCCAAAGAGGAAACUCUGCUGAAAGAGAUGUGCUUUGGAGGAGUCCCGGAUCCCCCGCUGAUUGACUUGUCCCACAGCAGAGUAUAUAAUGAGGCAUCAAUCUGCUGGAGGCUGUCUGAUGACCAUCUACCAACAGAUCACCAUGUUCUCGAGUACCGCAAACUAGGGGGACCCAGCCAGUCUCCAUCCCUCGUGGACGAUGGAGUCUGGAAGGCUACAGACCGGGUGUUUGGAUCCAGUGCUGUGGUAGAUGGCCUGCAACCUGACAGUUGUUACGCCUUCAGAGUUCGAAGCUGCAGGAACUCCAUCUUUAGCCCUUACAGCCCAGAGGUCUCCUUCCACACUCCACCUGCUCCUGUUUUUAGCUUCCUGUUCAGUGACGAGUGUGGAUUCAGCACGGAGCGCCUCAUUCUGAACAACCGACGGGACGCUGUGGAGAGCGUGGCGGGCAUGGCUUUCCUCCUCGCAGCAGAACGAGUGCAGACGGGCAGCUACGUCGGUCUGGAUUACAUCAUUGGGGACACGGGCAUCUCUCAGGGGAGACACUACUGGGCCUUUAAGGUGGAGCCGUACUCCUACAUGGUUAAAGUGGGCGUGGCCUCUGACACCAAGCUGAUCGAAUGGUUCCACAAUCCAAGAGACACCAGCAGCCCAAGGUAUGACCAUGACAGCGGCCAUGACAGCGGCAGCGAGGACGCGUGCUAUGAGCUCUCCCAGCCCUUCACACUUAUCACCCUGGGCAUGGGCAAGCUCUUCAUCCCAAAGGCCUCUUCUUCCUCCUCUGUUUCCAACGCAAACGUGUCGUCCGGCGACCCCGGCAAUCGGGUGCUUCCAAUGCCGCAACGCUUGGGCAUAUGCUUGGACUACGACGCACAUCGGGUGUAUUUUUACGACGCAGACUCCAUGAGGUGCCUUUUCGAGAGGCAGGUUGACUGUUCGGGAACGAUGUUUCCAGCCUUUGGUCUCAUGGGCAGCGGGAAGGUCCAGCUGGAGGAGUUCAUCGCCGCUAAGAAACUGACCUUCUGAGUAAAGGAUGAAGGAUGUUGACGCAUUAGGACUUGAAUCUAUUGAGGUUUUUUUUUUUUUUUUUUUUGUUUUUUUUUGUGCAAAUCUAGAGGGCAAUUUGUCCUAUGAGGGUAAAAUUUAACCAUUUUUCUUUGAGCCAGUUAUCCACAGGGCUUCCCCCCCCCUCCUGCUCUAUAAAUGAGAUAACUGGACCAAACUAAUGCGUCCACAUUCAGAGGUCUUUUGGAGAUUGAUAUGAAAGGUCGUCUUUGCAAACCAAAGUCUCUGCGUUCGUGAAUUGUUAACGACCCGUUUUUAUUUGCCAGCUGGGAUCAGCUGCUUUUGAACUGGCUACAGACUUGGUAGUCACUUUAAAUCAUCGUUUUUAUUUUUACAUAAAACACCUUACACUGGGACACUGCUUUAAUAUUCUAGAUGAUUUCUUGUUCAUUUUUAUAUAGCGUUAGUUGGGAUUGGUGGUUCUGUGUGUGACGGUAGCAGCACAGGUUUAGACGUAAUGGAGGAUCUGAGGGGAAGGUUGUUGCUAGUUCUUGAAACUAGCACCAUUGUGCCUUUUUUUUUUUUAACCCUUUCUGGAAAUCAAUGGUGUAAUUACAUGAUGACUUUGUCGACCAGUUUACCCUAGUUUUAUCUCUGAAAACACUACUUUAUCUAAGUUUCAAUGUUACAUUUAGCUGUUUUGCACAAUGAGUAAAAUAAUGCACAUAAUCUCUCACUUUUCCUCAUUGCUUGGUGUGAUUUAUUUUUUAUUUUUCAUCUUUAAACUGCACCGAGGUGAAAUUGGAUGUUUCUCAUUCACACACAGUUUCCUCCUAUUGUUUAAUGAUGUGAAUGUCACUUUUUUUGAAUAGCACAGAACACUAACAUAACAUCAGUGGUGUUAUCCAGUUACCACAAUCUACUACUUCACAACCGCGCCACCGUUAACAGCCUAACAUUUUCGGCUCUGGUGCUGAUUUAAGUGCAACACGCACAGCUUUGUCACCUCACAGCCUUUUUCACAGUUUUAAAGGAAGCAUUUAUUCAGGUUCAUCCAAGAAGUGCUAUCACAAAAUGGUACCUUAAGUCUGGUGCACAGCCGCACGGUGUAGCAUGUUAACCUCUUUACUCUUCAAGUUUGGCUGUCUUGGGGUAGACCUGGUGGAUUUUCAGUUUUAGGUGCACGGCAAAAGGGUUUUGGACACCGCAUUUGUUUUUUUUUUUGGUUAAAUAUUGUUUACGUGCCUGCACAUGGGUUGGUUUGUACAUCUGUAUAUAUAUGGUGUGAUUUCUGGAAGGUUAGGGUAACAAGUUUGUGUGCGUUUUCUCAGGUUUUAGCCCAGAUUGGGGCUUGAUGCUACCUACCUCUGUCACUCUGCCCUGGAAAACCUUAACUGCUGUCCCUUUCCUGAUAGAAAACACAUGGGUUGAUUUACAGCUCCCUUUUUUAUUUUUUAUCUAAAUCCUUUUCUUUAAGACUUUAAGCUGACAUUUUGAUCUUUUUUUUUUUUUUUCUUUUUAAAAACUGUUUAUAAAUUGGGUUUGUUUUUCAGUGAAAUGAAGUAAAUCAUACAUGUUUAUUAGGUGUUACUGUAUGGAGGUGUUUGCCUGUUAAGCUGCCUUUGGUCAAGGGAAUUUUUCCAAUGGAUUAAACUUCUUCUCUUCCUGUUCAUGGUGUUCAUUGGUGUAAGAAAUGUUACAUUUGCUUUUAAUUAUUAACAGAUAUUGUCUCCAAUUUCAAAAUGGAAUAGUUGAUUACUGUGAUGGUUUGCAUAUUUUGUCCCACGUGUUCGCAUCUGUUUUAACUCCAGUCCUCACAGACCUAAAAAUCAUAGAAAAAAUGUAUACUCUCACCAAAAUCUAUGCAUUUAUUAAUUGGCAGUAAGGGUUCAGUUUUAUUCCUGCACAGAAUGUACCGAUUACAGAACUAAUGGCUGAAUGUUCUUUUAUAUGCAAGAUUGGUUAGGAGUUGCAGCACAUAUGUCAUGAGGCUUAACAGUGUAUCAAACCUUAAACAAUGCAUCCUAAAUAUUACAUUUAUCAUAGAUUUGGUACUAAGUGCACAGAUUGGCUCCAUAUAUAAUUACAAGAGUGCACUUUAGUGAUCUGUAGCAUGUCUGCAAAUGUUCUGCUCUGCAGGUGUUUUAAUACUAGUGUUUCUGUGUGCAAUAUUAUCAAGGGGGGUGCAAGACGGAAGAGUGGACACCUGAGCCUUUAGUCACAAUUUGCACUGUUUAUAGAUUGCUUUGUAGUAGUAAAUGGGCUGCUCCUAGAGGAAAGUAAAUUUUAAAUGCUUCAUAACCAAUCUUAAAUGAAUUCUAAUUGUUCUGAGGAUUGGAUGUGGUGGUGGUGAAUUUCUGUAUAUAUUGUACGUAAAGAUAUGGAAAGGGUAUAUAUUUUUUUCUUUUGCUGUGUGAUGAAGCUUUUGGUGAAUAAACAUUUUAAAUCAAA